UCAGAAAAGGGGGGAGACAAAUGUAACUUCUGUUGUGUCUGUCCCUCAGUCCUCAGUCUCUUGACCAGCCCUCAGUCCCUCUGCUGCUGCACCCUCUCCGCCGGAAGCCUCUAUGAGCGAUAAAGCAGAAGUAAUCUGAGUUUGAUUCAAAAGUUUGUUGGAGUGUCACAGUGUCGGGCGUCAGUCAGCAUGGCCGGAGGCUCGGUGUCAGAGUGUAAGGAGUAUCUCUUCAAAGUGCUGGUGAUCGGGGAACUGGGCGUCGGGAAAACCAGCAUCAUCAAGCGCUACGUGCACCAGCUUUUCUCGCAGCACUACAGGGCGACGAUCGGGGUCGACUUUGCACUCAAAGUCAUCAACUGGGACAGCAAGACCCUGGUCAGGCUACAGCUGUGGGACAUCGCAGGUCAGGAGCGAUUUGGGAACAUGACGCGGGUGUACUACAAGGAGGCUGUGGGGGCGUUCGUGGUGUUCGACAUGACGCGAGGCUCCACAUUUGAGGCCGUAUCUAAGUGGAAGCAUGACCUGGACAGCAAGGUGAAGCUGGCUAAUGGCAGCCCCAUCCCAUCAGUGCUGCUCGCCAACAAGUGUGACCAGAAGAAAGAUGGCUCCAACAACACAGCCCCAAUGGACAAUUUCUGCAAAGAGACUGGUUUUCUGGGCUGGUUUGAAACCUCAGCUAAGGACAACAUCAACGUGGACGAAGCGGCGCGCUUCCUGGUGGAGAACAUCUUGGCGAACGACAAAGGCUUGCCGUACGAGGAGAGCAACGGAGACCGGGUCAAACUGGAUCAGGAGACUGUGGCUGCUGAGAGCAAGUCAGGCUGUUGCUGACACUCAAUCUAUUCACAUUAGCCUCCCUCUGGCAGGCUCCACUGCCUGUGCCUGUCCUCUUGCUCUCGGCCCGCGACUGCAGCGUCUCAGAGGAAUUUGCACUUUCAGGUCUUCAAAGCUCUAGGAACUGUACCUCCCUGCUCCACUGCUCAUUCAACCUUCGUGUCCAAAUUUCCUCACUGUAGCUUUUCACUAGGCCCAAGCAGGAGCCCAUUUUUAUUGUAUUGUCACACUUUAACGUUACUAUGCUGUCCCCUUCUUUGACCUACAUCUCCAAACAAUGGGGUUUGUGUCAUCACACGUUCCCCGUGACACUGUCUGUAUUACACCACCAACUAUUAACUCAACCCAGUCUUCUACACCUGGACACCACAGCCUCUGAAUGCCUGGAUUAUACUGCACCAGAGAAGAAGUGUGAAAAAUAUGCACUGAGAGACCCAUGAAAACAACCUGCAGCUUUCUUAAUUUCUUUCACUUUGAGUCUUCUCGUUCAAGUAAAACAAAUCUAUCUCACAUAACAUGGAUGUUAAAUCUUACAGUACGCCCAUGUUUGUGUGGAAAGCUGUUCUCAUAUAUAACAUGAAAAUGAAGCAGCACAGUAUCAAAGUACCCAGACGAUGUCCACACUUGUCACUGACACAAACGGACGGUAUUUAACUCUAAUGAUGAUGGAAUAUAUGAGACGUGUUUGUUUGUCCUCCAGUAUUAAAGUGUAAAACUGUUGGGUCAUGCAUUAUAUAUAAAAAAAACAUCAGAGGACGACACUCUGUUGUACAUAUGGGUGAUCAUCUGUUAAUAAUCUGUGCUGAGAUGAAAUAUGUUUAAAAAUGAUUUUUUUUUUAACACUGAGAUGAGAUUAAGUUUACAUGUGAAAAUACUUAAAAAUGUGCACAAAAACAGAAUAAACAUUUUAACAGAU